CUUCAGGAAAUUGUAUACUCAACUCGCGUAUCUUAUGGCAGGCUGCUGUACAGCUACAUCAAAGCUUCUGAACUACUUCGUGAUGGUCGUACUCUUUCUUGUUGGCGCCCUCGUCAUCGUGGUUGCGUCACUCGUACUGGCAUCCGAUUUCCGCACACUAGUUCGUAACUGGUGGUUGUGGGUCGCUGUUGCUGCCGGUAUAGUCAUCAUUAUUGUCUCUUGCUUGGGCUGCGGUGCCACUAGAAAGCAGAAUCGCUUCUUCUUGACCCUCUUCCUCAUCGUAGCGGGGAUCGUAUUCGCUUUGCUCUGUGUAGCAGCGAUAGCCUCCUCGAUCUACAUCGGUGAUGUCAACGCCAUCGCGAGGAUGAACUUUGCUGAGCUCAACGAGGUCUCGGGUUCUGAAAAACAGUCAUAUGAUUUCAUACGAGAAUCCUAUGGUGAUAUUUACGACGAUAACGAGUGUAGUGGUGGACAAUGUCAGUUCCCAGCUGGGCAGGUCAUCGCUUGCUCAAGAAUCACUUGUAGAAGUUCCUCUAGUCUCGCGGACACUCUCAAUGAUUGGCUGAGGGAAGGUGUGAAGAAUGGAGGCAUCACUCCUGCCGCCUUCUCGACAUGCGUCUCUCUAGCAACUGGUGACUCAUCUUUCCGCGGUGGCAGUUCUGGAGCAAGCGCAUGGUGUGGCAGUAGCACCCGUGUGCUCGAUGUCGUAGAUGGUUGGAGUUUGGGAAUCCUCAUUGGUCUUUGGGUCAUCACUGCAUUCGUCUUCCUCAUAUGCAUCGGUAACUGCGUUUUGAUAUGCGGAAAGAAGAACCGAUCUCAGCAAGGAGUGGUAGUUGCCAAACCAGUGCAAAGCACCGCAGGCCAGGUCUACUAUACUCAACCAGGGUAUGGUGAACAAACUGUAACGAAGGUUUAGAUCGACAGCUCAUGCCUCAGUCGAUGGCCUCUUCCGGGUGUCUCAUAGAGACCAGCACAUUCACAGUGUUGAAAGUGCUUUCAAUUUCCUCUCAUUAUUUGUAGAAUUAUUAAAUAUUAUGGAAGCAUAGUGGUGUUAGAUCUUCAUUGGUGAACAGCUUCA